GAAAAUCAUGCACGGGUAAAUUAUUAGUCAGCAAGCUGUUCUAAUCUUUGAAUUAGACAUCGAUCGGCAAGCAGCAGUCAGUAUUAAAAGACACAGCGAUGGCGCUACCUCUCAACGAGACUCGAUUACUGUACUUGGAAGCACAACCGCACAACAGCGCCGAAUCUUUGAAUCCCGGCGAUCACAUCGGGACAGUCGUUCAGGUCACCAUUAAAAGCAGAAACCCAAGUCCUUCGAAGGUGGAACUGGCCAUAUUCGCUAUAGAGCAGCGUGAUAUCACGACGGCUAUAGAGACACUACUGCUUGGACAUGUCAACAGUUCCGACUCGGAGAAGCUUCCAAAGCGCGUGGUCAUUCGAGAAGACAGGCUGCUGGGGUACGUCCUUGUCAGCGAGCGACGGAAAUGGACGUACGGACAACGCAAACAAUUCUACUGGGGCAGAUAUCCGUUAAGGAGUAGUGAAGAUAAAUGGAUAUUCUACUUCGAGACCAUUAAAUUGCAGGCCAACUAUACGGGGCGUCGAGUCUGAAAAAGAAAAAUAGAUUCCUAAAGGAUGAUUAUAAGAAGUGCACUCCGUAUCUCAAAGCACUUACAACAGCCAUAGUUUUGAUAUGGAUUUCCAAAACUGCGAUAAACACACAGGACAAGCAUUAGUCCUGAGCAAAUGAGAAGAAAGAUAUAGUGCAAAUAUAGUUUGCUUUUGAAGUGGGAUGACUCGGACAUGUGCAUGAGUGCCAACGUACUACGACUCGGACCGAAGUCACCUUUUGUAUUAUUACGUAAGGCCUGAUCACUGCGACGACUUCGCUCCUGGCUCGCAC